AUGGCCUCUGCUGUGGAUUUCCGGUUUCCGCGCCUGCCUGCCUGUCAUGUCUGCUACACCAAAAAGAUCAAGUGCGAUAACAAUCGGCCCAAAUGUGACCCGUGCGUGCGCAGUGGAUUAGAAUGCACUACUUUGGCCUUUGAUGGCCAGCCGUCUGUGUCGCGAGGGUACAUUAGCGACCUGGAGCAGAAAGUACGAGCACUCCAGAGUCAGCUUCAGGAUGCGAUCGACGAGCUUCCUCACAAUACCUCUUCGGACAGCAGAAAAGAGAGGAGGAGGAGAAGCAGUAUGCGGUCAGCGUAUAGCUCGCCUACCUUUACCGAGGGCGCAGGGCUCAGUCUCUGUGGCAUCCACGUCCUCAAUCCAUUCCUGCUCCGUCGACAGGUAGAAGACGUCUACCGCAGGGUUUUCACGCCUCCUGAAUCUGACCAGCAACACUCUCAGAACGACCUCUUUCGCGCCUUUAUGUUGCUCGCUAUCGGCGCGAUCCAUCCCUUUCGCCAGGGGUCACACCAGGGCCAUCCCUACGGGUACUUCCUGUCUGCCAUGCAGCAUUUCCAGUCCGACAGUCUCUCCCACGGAAUCCAGUCGAUCCAGGACCUGCUUCUUAUUGGCCGCUUCGGCAUUUACCAUCACAUUGGCACCUCAAUCUGGGAGAUCACCCAGCUGUGCAUGCGUCUCUGCAUUGAGCUGGGCCUUCACAGACCGCCAACCAGCCGCAAACCGAUCCUGCAAGAGCAGCUCGAGCGACGCGUGUUUUGGGAGUGCUACAUCAUCGAUCGAUACAGCUCCAUCACUCUCGAUCGGCCGCUGGCCAUCGCGGAUAGAGAUAUUCACGUUUUGCUGCCUGUUGAUGCAAAUGAUGACCAGCUCGAGGCUGCGGAAGGGUCUAUCACCGAUCUCGACCUCUUCCAGCUGACUCCUCAGGCCAGGAUAGGGAAUACAGAGCUAGCGGUUUUCUUCACGUCAAUACGCCAUCGGCAGAUUACCUCCAAGAUUCACAACCUGUUUCAGUCUGAGGGCCACUCGGAUGGUGCGCCUUCUGUAACCGCGGCCGGUCGAGUCUACACGAACUUGUACCGCCUCCUUGAAGAGCUCAACCUCUGGCGCCGGUCUGUGCCAGUAUUUGAGCGUACGCAGUGCGUCUACGAGACCCAGGACUGGUUCGAUUUGCGCUGGAUGCGCGAGCGCCUGAUCCUCGUCCGCAAAGCAAUGGACCUGGUGCCGAAGCGUGGUAACAGUCCGCCGCGUGACCUGCUCUUGCUGUGUCUCCAGAAUGCAACCCAGAUCAUUGUGAUUUUCUGCCGUCUCUACGAGAGCCAGCAGAUUACAUAUACACGGAGCUACUUCCAGACCCUCUUCACUGCCGGCCUUUCUGUCGUAAACUCCGGCAGAGCGGCACGUGGGAUAGCGCUAUACCAACAGGCACUGACCGGCACUUAG